AAAUUGGACAAGAUUCAGCAAACUUCCCAGUGUUUUGAUGGAGGAGGUAGUCUGCGUCGCCCUUCCACGCAAGCACGAGUACCCAGAAGGAAAUUGCGCAUGACUACGCAAGGAAGCACACUGCAGACGCUCAGAGAUGUGAGCCUCCAAAGCCCAAGGAUCAAGGAUCUGCCCGAGCCAAAUCGAAUGAAUCUAAAUGGCAGAAAAUGCUCACCAGCAAUAAUCCAAACAUGGUGAUUGGAACGCGCUUUAGCUGAUGGAGCAUGGAUGUAUAUGGACGUUUUUUGUGUUACAGCUGAAGGUGGGCGAUGGAUUGCAACAAUUUAAGCCCUUGCAAAUUGAGGGCACAAGGAAUCUGGAGCACCAAGUCACUUCCAUUGUUCUGGAUCCUAAGACUACCAGAUGAGACCAGACCUGGGGUGGGAUUCGUGCCGUUUGUAUUGUGAACUUGAUCCCAGACAUGGUCUCAGCUCAUGGAAGGAUACACCAUCUACUGCUCGAAUGUGGAGACCUUGUUCAGGAAGCAUGCAGAAUGGCUUUCUAGCUCUCUCUACACUGUGCAUGGUCUCUAUUUGUGGCGCAUCUUUGCUUUAUUAAAGGAAUUCUCAAGGUCGAAUCGUAAAGGAAUAGAGAAUGGCAGAGAUUGAGAAGCCGAAGAAGAAACUCUUGAGCAGAGGAUCCCCUCAAGCUUGGUUCAUCAGGUUUCUAAGAUCCGUCCGAAGAAAUCCUCACCGGAGGUUGAGGGAUCAUGAACAUGCGCACAGUCCUGAGCCUGUAAAUACCCGGAACUCGAAGAAGGUGGUGGAGAACAUAUACAAAAACCAAGAAAACGCAUUCAGUCGAAUUGAAUCUUCACCAAACUUCAACGUUCUCUUAGAGAAGGGCAGGGCCUCCAGUGCCAGUCCAAAGCCUGAAGAUUCUCUGCUCAGAGCGUUUUCUAAGUCCAAGAGUUAUGUGCAUCCGGAUGAAGCGGAUGAGACGGACGAGGCGUCCUCAAGGAGCGGGACUAGCCACGGUAAGAGCAAGUCCUCGGUAUUCUCUUCGCUUGGAUAUUUGUGUAGCGCUGCAGGAGAGGAAUCGUUUUCGAAGAGAAGCUCUCGAUCUGAGCAAGUUUCGUCCUCGAGUAGAAGUCGUAGUGAAAGUAGGAGUCCAUGGUUCUUUCCUGGAUGUGGGAGUUUCUCCUCCCGCAAUCGGCGAACUCGGUAUGGAAGCAUGGAUAACUCAAAGAAGGCGGGAUUGUUGCAAUUAGAUGUGAACACGGAAGAGGUGUGUACAGAAGCAACGAAAGCAGAAGAAGUAGCUUCCAGAAGAUGCCAGAAAGGUGAGUCUUGGGUGGGAGAUGAUACCAGAACGUGGAGCAUGGAUCUCUCGAUAUAUGGAGAGGUUGUGAAAUGCCUCGUGAAUGAUGUGAAGUCGUCACCAACAGCCAACAGAAAAUCUGCCACGUUAGGAGAGCUCUUCUCUGAACCUGAAACUGAUGAAGCUCCCAUGAUCCCCCCACGUUCAGAAGACGAGUUUGAUGAUCCCUAUCCGGCUUUUCCGUGGAGUUCAUCGAUGUCCUCGUUCGGCAGCAGUCGAGAGUUUUGGAGAACUGAAAAAAAGAACCGGAAUGCUACAGAGAGCAGUACUGCGUUGGUGCCUUAUAGUGGGGAGUUCGGUAGCGUUGACAUAGGGAACAUCUCAGAUAGCCAGAGUCUGCUAAGAGCUAAAGUUUUCGGAGCCGAGAUGUACAGAAAGCAGUGUCAGUUGGAGAAGAAGCGGGAAGAAGAAACUAAGAGACUCCUGUUGUCCCUAGACUUAGCUUUGGACCAGUACAAUCACGAGAGGAUUACUGAAGACGACGAUUUCAAGGUUCAGAGUCCCAAUUUUGAGCUCUACAAUUCCCCUGUUUUUGAAAGUUUUCUAGAGUCUUCAACUAAGGCGUGGGGGACCGACCCUCUUCCACUUCGAAUUGAAGGGGGGUUGAAGGAUUUAAAAACCCCGGAAUCUAUUCGGGAGUUGCACUGCAUUACUAUUCCAUCGCCUGAUAUUAUGGGCAAUCAGCAGGAGCUUAUGCUCGAUGAGGAAGGCGUGAGGGACACGACUCUCUGUGGCGACGCUCCUUCUGCUGCUGGCAAGGCGCGCAAUAGUACGAAGUGCAGUGUGGACACAAGCACUCAAGCGAAACGAUCUCCUUCCACUUCAAUCUGUGAGGAUAGGAUCCACCAUCCGCAAGGAGAAGACAAUGCAGUGCUCAACUUUGCACGUCUACAGAUUGAUGAGCUGAGCACUCGGAAGAGACGAUUCAGCAAGCCACGAAGAGCCCACAAGCAACGGAGGUUCAAACAAACAGCCUUCGGGGCUGAGAGCUCCGUUUCUCCUCGACCCCCUCGUCCUGUUGGAAAUGUUGUCAAGGAGAGUGUGGCAGUGGUUGUGGAAAGCUCCUAUGAUCCUUACGCUGAUUUUCGUGAGUCCAUGAUUGACAUGAUCGUUGAUCAGAACAUCCAACAAACUUCCGAUUUGGAAGAGCUCCUGCAGUGCUACCUUGCAUUAAACGAGCCAGAGUAUCACCCAGUGAUUGUUGAUGUCUUCUCAGACGUCUGGCAUGAACUGUUUGAGGACAACAGCACUUGAACCUGGUUUCAGAAACCAGCUUUUGUUGUCAACUUCACCGGUUCAGUGAUCAGAUUGUUCCUCGUGCCUUCAGUGCCUGAAUUCCAAACUCAGGUGGAUUCUCUAGGCUCUUCCAAACUAUUUUUGCCCUGAAACCCUGUGUGGGAUCGGGUGUAGUGUGCAAGUGCAGAUGAGGAAUAAUUAUCCUGUGGGGAUAACGGAUAAGUUGUGCAAAAUAAUUGUUACUUCUCACUGGCUUGGAAUUAGCCAUGAAAUUGAUAGUGGUAUAAAGUUUUAACCAUGGAAGCUAGUACGGGAUAAUGGUGCAGCUUCAUAAGCCAUAGCAGAUCGACAAGAAGUUUUCCCGAGGCCAUCCUUUUUUUUUUUCCCACAAAACCAUUGUUUUCUUCUUCAGUGCACCUGCUUCAAACCCACAUCAAUUCGUGCAUUGUCACCUGAAUUACUCUGCUCUCUACCAAGUGAUCCUAAUUGUGGAAACCAUUACCGCUGCUAUCUCAGCAUUGAUCUUUCCACAUUCAAUUUAUUCUGGUUCAUGCGUCAUUUAGUGCAGAUUUGUGAAACCCGAAUGAGAGAGGUACACUUCUAACGAGAAGCAAGGCACAUUUGUGUAUAACAUGUUGCCUCUAGUGUGUACUGCAGCGAUUUAGGAAAUCACAAUACAAGCAGGUUUUCGGGAGGUGUUCGAAUUUCAGGAGCCCUGUUUCCAAAGAAAGACAUUUGUCACAUUUCAGUGAAUGGCUUUUAGGAUAAUUUGGUAUUGAUGAGCGAAAAAGGCAUCAAAGGUUUGGAUUCACAGUGCUUACACAUGAUGGAAGUGAGUCUAAGAAAUAGUCAAUGAGUUUAUCAGAUUUCUAAUUGGUAGCAACUUUGUCAAAAACCUGUGGUAUAUUCUAGUUUUGUUUAUCUAGCUCUUUAUUACAAAAGGUAGUAAUACAGGCCGUAUUUGUAAGUCCAAAACCCAAAAGAGCAAAUAAAACCAACAAACAAGA